AUGCCGGAAUCUAAACGUCCCUUCCGUGUCAUCGUCGUCGGCGGCGGCGUAGUGGGCCUGACGGCGUCGCAUUGCCUCCAGAAGGCCGGCAUUGACCACGUGGUGCUCGAGAAACGCGCCGUCGUCGCCCCGCCCGAGGGUGCCAGUAUCGCCCUCUACCCGCAUGGCUCCCGCAUUCUUCACCAACUCGGAUGCUUCGAGGCCGUCGAGAAGGCCUGUGUGCCCGGCCGUAACUGGUUGACCCGGUACCCAGAUGGAAAGAAGUUUAUGGAUAAUGGUUAUUUCCAACAUCUACAGGAGAAUCAUGGCUCUUCGCUUCUGGUGCUGGAGAGGCGUGAGUUCCUCCAGAUCAUGUAUGACAAGCUGCCUGAUAAAUCCUAUAUCAAGACGUCCUCUGGUGUGAAAAGCAUCAAAGAGACCCCUGAGGGAGUCGAGGUUACCCUCGUCAAUGGCGAUGUCGAGACUGGCGAUAUGGUCAUUGGCGCCGACGGUGUGUACAGCAUGGUGAGAAGCGUCAUGUGGGAGCAGGCGAACAAGGCUACGCCCGGACUUAUCACCGUCCAAGAGAAGACCAGCAUCAAGACGCAAUGGAAGUCACUGAUCGGCGUAACCCCCAACAUCCCCGAGCUUGGCGAUCGGGAUGUCACCGUGGUCAACGGCACGGGGCGCUCCCUGCUGGCGCUGUCCCAGCCGGAUAGGGCCUACUUCUUCUUCAUCUUCCGCGUCGACGAGCCCUUCACCUGGCCCAAGCGCGCCAACUACACCGACCAGGACGCCGAGGACCUCGCCCAGCAGUUCGCUGACCACCCCGUCUCCGACACCCUGCUCUUUGGCGAGCUCUGGAAGCGCCGCACCCGCGGCACCCUCAUCCCCCUGGAAGAGGGGGUCCUUACCCACUGGCACCACGGACGCAUCGUCCUUGCCGGUGACUCGGCACACAAGGUAACGCCCAACAUUGCGCUGGGCGGCAACUCGGGCAUCGAGUCGGUCGCAGUGCUGUGCAACCACCUGCAGCGGCUCCUGCAGGAGGGCGGAGCAGCGAAGCCAACCGCCGCGGUCCUGGAUGCCGUGUUUGCCGCGUACCAGGCGGAGCGGCUCAAGCGCAUGCAGGACAUCCUGGCCGUGUCCAGCCUGAUUACCAAGGUGCAGGCGUGGGACACGCGCUGGCACCGCUUCAUGGCCACGUGGUUGCUGCCGCUGCAGGCGGACCGCACGACGGCGGAUCAGAUGAGCGAGAUUAUUCGGAAGGGGCCCAAGCUGGAGUAUGUGGCGCUGGAGGGGUUUCGUAAGGGGCGGAUUCCGUUUGAUGAUGAGAGGGAGGCGGGGAGGGGGAAGGCGUUGGAGGGUGCCGCGGCGCCCAUCUCGUCGCUGUUUUUGUUGUUGCGCUCGUUGGGUGCCUUGGCCGCGUUUUUUGUGGUUUGGCAGGGCACGAGGCUUGCUCUGGCGGCUAACAUUUGA